AGGGAAGUGAACGCAGCAGUCUGGGAGGGAAUGAGUCUGAUUCCUUCCCAGCUGCUUCACUUCACUUCUGCCAGUUUGGGAAGGAGGUUCGGAGGUUCUCAAUAUUUGAAAGUCUUCUUCGGCCGAGAUGGCAGCCAUCAGGAAGAAGUUGGUGAUUGUGGGAGACGGCGCGUGCGGCAAGACCUGUCUGCUCAUCGUCUUCAGUAAGGACCAGUUCCCGGAGGUCUAUGUGCCCACAGUCUUUGAGAACUACAUCGCCGACAUUGAAGUGGAUUGCAAACAGGUGGAACUAGCGCUGUGGGACACGGCAGGCCAGGAGGACUACGACAGAUUGAGGCCUCUCUCCUACCCCGACACAGACGUUAUCCUCAUGUGCUUCUCGAUUGACAGCCCCGACAGUCUUGAAAACAUUCCAGAGAAAUGGACACCUGAAGUGAAACACUUUUGUCCCAACGUCCCCAUCAUCCUGGUAGGCAACAAAAAGGACCUCAGGAACGACGAGAACACGCGCAGAGAGCUGGCCAAGAUGAAACAGGAGCCGGUCAAAUCUGACGAAGGCAGAGACAUGGCCAACCGCAUCAGCGCUUUCGGCUACCUGGAGUGCUCGGCCAAGACCAAGGACGGCGUGCGGGAGGUGUUCGAGAUGGCCACCCGGGCCGCCCUGCAGGUGCGGAAGCGCAAGAAGAAGAACGGCUGCCAGCUCCUGUGAGGAGGUUAGGGGUGGGGCAGCUGGCUUGCCAAACGCCAGUUGACCAAGGGCUCAAGGGAUGUGGAGAACCCUUCACUCGGUGGUGUCUGUGGACCUUGCAGAUACGCCACUGGCCAGCAUCAAAGACUGACACACCUGUAACAGCAAAAACCCAUCACCAUUGUAGGACUUUUCCUCUGCUUCUCACCACUUUUCUUUUUCUCUUCAAUCUUUUGAUGCCACGGACCCACAACUCCUCCUCCCAAAUGUUUGUAUUUAUGUGCAAUUACUUAACAAAUAUAUCACAUCUGCAAUAAGUUGCUUUCUGUCUAAUUUGUGCUGAAUUGAGUCCAGCUUCUCCUGUCUGUUUGCAUCACAACCCAGAUGUCAUAAUUCACUGUUCCCAAAUCUUUUCCAGUGUCUCUUUAGUGAGCUUUUCUCUAUUGUGAGCUAUAGCAUGUGCAGGUAUUGAUAACAGCUCACGGAUUGGACACGAUCCAUCUUUAGAAUAUGGCCUGACAAAAUCAAUAUUGAUCUAACAUGUCACUGUGUACCAUUUUACAACUGCACAACACAUGAAAGGGCUGUCCAAGUCA